AUGGAUUUCUUUCCCAGCUUCUCCUACCUGCUCGCAGCCUUGCUCGCCGCGUACUGCCUGCACUGCAUCCGGAUCGCAUUCCGGCCAGGCCUCCGAAAGCUGCCGGGUCCCUGGUCCGCGCGCUUCUCCCGUCUGUAUCGCCUGUCGCUGGUCGCCGGCAGUGAUGGUCCCAGGCGAUAUCGGGAUGUCCAUGAGGCGUACGGCCCGAUGGUGCGCGUGGGACCGAACCACGUGUCGGUCGCUGACCCGGCAGAGAUUCCUGUGAUCUACGGCAUCAAGAGCAAGUUUGUCAAGGUGAAUCGCCUUUUCUUCCGUACCAGGUCCAGCAGAGGCAUGCCGACGGGGGGCAAGAACAUGGGCACAUUGCUAACAGUCAGCAAAAAAACAACCACACGGACCGAGUUCUACAACACCAUGAGCCCCUGCGUCUUCACCGAGCGUGAGCCCCUCGCCCACCGCAACCUGAAGCGGCCCGUCGCGCAGUUGUUCGGCAUGACCAACAUGCGCAACUACGAGCCGUACGCGGACGAAUGUACGGCCAUCUUCAUCAACGCCAUGCGGGACCUGGAGGAUCAGCCGAUCGAGCUGUCCGUCUGGGUGCAGUGGGACGCCUUCGAUGUCAUUGCGAGCAUGACGUUCCAGCACCGGUUCGGGUUUCUGGAGGAACUCCGCGACAUCACUGAAGAGGAGAUUGCCAGAUACGACACCAAGGAGGGCGCGCGGAAGGGGCGAACCGAUUUCCUCGCGCAGCUACGGGAGAAGGAGGCCAAAGACGGCAAGAUCCCGUCACCACCACCACCCGGCGACACGAACGCAACUGGGGAGGGGAUUGCCGGCUCCGACACCACAGCCGCGUCGCUGCGCGCGUGCUUCUACUACCUGGUCAAAACGCCGCGGGCGCACGAGAAACUCGGGGCAGAGAUCGAUGAGGCUGAGAGGAGAGAAGAGCUGUCGACGUACAUCUCGUAUGAGCAGUGUCUGAAGCUUCCGUACCUCUUUCUCCUCGGGCAAGCUGUGAUGAAAGAGGCCGUGCGCCUGCAUCCGGGCGUCGCGUUGCCCCUGGAGAGAUACGUGCCUCCAGAAGGCGCCACGAUCGGCGAUGUCUAUCUCCCGGGCGGCACCAGCGUCGGCAUCACGGGCCCCGUCGUUCAUAUGGACAAGGCCGUCUAUGGGAACGAUGUGGAAGGAUUCCGACCCGAACGGUGGCUCGGGGCCUCGCCUGAUUAA